AAAAAGUUCACAACCAAACCCGCUACCCUGACGUCAACACGUUCGCAGCCACCCCUUUCGUAAUGGAAGGGACGUUCAUCCAAUCAUCAGUAGCUCACACAUUCCUACGAAACAGAGACAUCCCUUUCUCAUGGCGAACACCAGGAUCCUAAUUAGAAUAAAUAAAAAAAAAGAGUGUUGCGUGAUUUCAGAGUAUCUCUGCGAGAGGGCGGGGUCUCUGACGUAAGUCAACAAAGGUCACGUGGCCGCGGCGCCGGUUUCCUACUGGCUUCGAGGGAGCGAAAGCGGGGCGUGGCUAUUGUGGGGAGGAAGGGGUCGACCUCGGUGGCGUGUGCGCGCGCGCACGCGUUGCUGUUGAAGCCGCUGUGUGUGUAUAUGUGAGCGAGAAGUUCGUAUGUGGUGAUGGUGGAUGGCACAAUUACAUCAAGUUUGUGGUAACGGGGUGCAAAAGAGUAGCAAACGGCCAUGAGGGGGAAGAGACGAAUUUUGUUGUAGGUUGCAGAAGCCGCGGUCCCAUUACACACGAACGAGAGGGUAUCGUGAAAAAACAUGUAAAACUAUCGUUGAAAGCAGCUUCACUGUGAACCACAACCGCCUCGUAAAACGCUUUCGCGGCCGGGGCACAGCCUGGUGUGUGUUUGUGUAUUCCCGAGGGUGCUGCCUCCCUCUGUGUUUAGGAACAUAUGUAGCGCCGGUCCCCGCUGAGGUAAAUCGGUAGCGGUUGGAAUUUUGGCACUUGACAGGAGUCCCCUUAUCCAAAUCCAAGGCGUUGUGUUUACCUCUCACACGCAGAUUAACCCGCAUAUGCACACACAUUGUGUUGUCUGUGGUGCUGGAGGAGGAGGCGCGGAGUAGGCUGGCGUGCGGUUAAUUUCUGCUGCCCUCCCCUAUUCCCCCCCUCCCCUUCCCCAAUCCAGUCCCCGCCGCUCCGUCCGCCGCACUUCUUGCCUUGACUUCAAGUGACGCUGCGUUUCCAUGAAAUCGUGCGGAGUGUCGCUCUCCGCCGCGGCUGUGGUCUCUACUGCUGCCGUUGCUGCCUCCUCCUCCCUCGGUGAUGAGGAAAAGAAAAUGGCGGCGGGAAAAGCGAGCGAGAACGAGGAGGACUUCCCUAACCUGACAGCGGACGACAGAGAAGCCUUGGCCGGGCUCGACAGCCGACUCUAUGGAUUUUUGAGGCUUCAUGAAGAUGGCGCCAGAACGGAGGCCUUGCUUUUAAAGGCUGUUCGCUGUUAUGAGGCUGUUAUCUUGAAAUCUGAGGGAAAAGUGGAGUCAGAUUUCUUCUGUCAGUUGGGCCAUUUCAACUUACUGUUGGAAGACUAUCCAAAAGCAUUAUCUGCAUACCAGAGGUACUACAGUUUACAAUCUGACUACUGGAAGAAUGCUGCCUUUCUUUAUGGCCUUGGUUUGGUCUACUUCCAUUACAAUGCAUUUCACUGGGCAAUUAGAGCAUUUCAGGAAGUGCUUUAUGUCGAUCCCAGCUUUUGUCGCGCCAAGGAAAUCCAUUUACGGCUUGGACUUAUGUUCAAAGUGAACACCGAUUAUGAGUCAAGUUUAAAGCAUUUUCAGUUGGCUUUGAUUGACUGCAAUCCCUGCACUUUGUCCAAAGCGGAAAUUCAGUUUCACAUUGCUCACUUGUACGAAACACAGCGAAAGUAUCACUCUGCAAAGGAAGCUUAUGAACAACUGUUGCAGACUGAAAACCUUUCAACUCAAGUAAAGGCAACUGUUUUGCAGCAGUUGGGUUGGAUGCAUCACACUGUUGAUCAAUUGGGAGAGAAGACCACCAAAGCCAGCUAUGCUAUUCAGUAUCUUCAGAAAUCUUUGGAGGCAGAUCCCAACUCUGGACAGUCCUGGUAUUUCCUUGGAAGGUGCUAUUCCAGUAUCGGGAAAGUUCAGGAUGCCUUUAUAUCGUACAGGCAAUCUAUUGAUAAGUCGGAGGCGAGUGCCGAUACAUGGUGUUCUAUAGGUGUCCUAUAUCAGCAGCAGAACCAGCCUAUGGAUGCUCUGCAAGCCUACAUCUGUGCUGUACAGCUGGAUCAUGGCCAUGCUGCCGCCUGGAUGGACUUGGGGACACUCUACGAAUCCUGCAAUCAGCCUCAGGAUGCUAUUAAAUGCUACCUAAAUGCAACAAGGAGCAAAAAUUGUAGUAAUACCUCUGCACUUGCAGCACGUAUUAAGUACUUACAGGCUCAGUUGUGUAACCUUCCACAAGGUAGUCUACAGAAUAAAACUAAAUUGCUUCCUAGUAUUGAGGAGGCAUGGAGCCUACCAAUCCCCGCAGAGCUUACCUCCAGGCAGGGUGCCAUGAACUCAGCGCAGCAGGCCUGUAAACCUCCUCAUCAGAAUGCUGAAUCUGUACUAGGCCUCAGUCAAACAUCAAUUUCACAGCAGUCCUUGCCGCUGCACAUGAUUCCUUCUAGCCAGGUAGAUGAACUGUCAAGUCCUGCCAAGAGGAAAAGAACAUCUAGUCCGGCAAAGAAUACUUCAGAUACCUGGAGCAGUGGCCAUUUGUUGUCACAUACUCCAGCACAACAACAAGUACAUUCGUGGUGUUUGCCGCCACAGAAAUUACAGCAAUUGGAACAGCUGCGAGCAAACAGGAGUAAUUUAAAUCCAGCACAAAAAGCAAUGUUGGAGCAGUUGGAGAGUCAGUUUGUCUUAAUGCAGCAGCACCAGCAGAUGAGACAAACAGGGGUUGCGCAGGUACGAUCUAUUGGAAUUGCUAAUGGACCAACAGCUGACUCAGCACUGCCUGUAAAUUCAACCUCUGGUCAGCAGCAUCAGGUUGCUUUAACGAGAGCUCCUAAUGCCGCUCAGUCUGGAAUCCGUCCGGCUUGCCCCACGCAGCCUGUGACUAAUGGACCCUUUCCAGCAGGCCCAGUUUCCUGCAGUACCACAGGGACGAUGGGUAGUACAGACAAUAUGUUGAUAGGCAAUAAUCAUGUAACGGGAAGUGGAAGUAAUGGAAAUGUGCCUUACCCGCAGCGAAACUCAGUCGCUCUACCUCAUAACCGCACAAACCUGACCAGCAGCGCAGAGGAGCCGUGGAAAAACCAACUAUCUAACUCCACUCAGGGGCUUCAUAAAGGUCAGAGUUCACAUUUGGCAGGUCCUAAUGGUGAACGACCUCUUUCUUCCACUGGGCCUUCCCAGCAUCUCCAAGCAGCUGGCACUGGUAUUCAAAAUCAGGUUGGACAUCCUACCAUGCCUAGCAAUUCAGUAACACAGGGGGCUGCUCUCAAUCACUUCUCCUCUCACAAUGCUACCUCAGGUGGACAACAAGGCAUGACCUUAACCAAAGAGAGCAGGCCUUCAGGAAAUGGAUCCGUGCCUGAAACAAACAGGCAUUCUGAAGGGACACCUAACAGCACUGCCGGUGUAGAGGGACUUCCUAAUCAUGUCCAUCAGGUGACGGCAGAUACUGUUCCUAGCCCUAGCCAUGGAGAUUCAAAGUCACCAGGUUUACUUAGUUCAGACAAUCCUCAGCUCUCUGCCUUGUUGAUGGGAAAAGCCAAUAACAGUGUGGGUUCUGGAGCCUGUGACAAAGUCAACAAUGUUCAUCCAGCUGUUCAUACAAAAACUGAGAAUUCUGUUGCCUCCUCCCCAUCUUCAGCCAUUUCCACAGCAACAUCAUCUCCGAAAUCUACUGAACAGCCUAUGACCAACAGUGUUAUGAGCCUUAACAGUCCUCACAGUGGACAUGACACCAUAAAUGGAGAGGGACUAGGGGACUCAAAGAGCCCUGCAAAAAAAGACCCUCCUUUAAUGUCUCACAAACCAAGUCCUCAGACCAUACCAUCCAUGUCGGUUUCCAUAUAUCCCAGCUCGCCAGAAGUUUUAAAAGCAUGCCGGAGUCUGGGUAAAAACGGUUUAUCAAACAGUAGCGUUUUACUGGACAAGUGCCCACCUCCGCGGCCGCCUCCACCCCCGUAUCCACCUUUACCAACAGAUAAAUUAAACCCACCAACACCAAGCAUUUAUUUGGAGAAUAAGCGUGAUGCGUUCUUCCCGCCUCUUCAUCAAUUCUGCACGAAUCCAAACAAUCCCGUUACUGUCAUUCGUGGCCUUGCCGGAGCGCUUAAAUUGGAUCUUGGGCUAUUUUCUACAAAGACACUGGUUGAGGCAAAUCACGAACAUAUUGUUGAAGUAAGAACACAGUUGUUACAGCCGGCAGAUGAAAACUGGGACCCCACUGGAACAAAGAAAAUCUGGCGCUGUGAAAGUAGUCGUUCACAUACCACCAUUGCAAAAUAUGCACAGUACCAAGCCGCUUCAUUCCAGGAGUCGCUAAGGGAGGAAAACGAGAAGAAAAGUCACCACAAGGACCAUUCAGACAGUGAAUCCACGUCGUCGGAUAAUUCUGGUCGGAGAAGGAAAGGACCUUUUAAAAACAUUAAAUUUGGGACCAAUAUUGAUUUGUCGGAUGAAAAAAAGUGGAAGCUACAGUUGCAUGAAUUGACCAAACUUCCAGCAUUUGCACGAGUUGUAUCUGCUGGGAAUCUCUUAAGUCAUGUUGGUCAUACUAUCCUUGGUAUGAAUACAGUGCAAUUGUACAUGAAGGUUCCAGGUAGCAGGACAGCAGGUCAUCAGGAGAACAACAACUUUUGUUCAGUGAACAUUAACAUUGGUCCUGGUGAUUGUGAAUGGUUUGUUGUCCCUGAGUCAUACUGGAGCGUAAUGAAUGAGUUUUGUGAAAAAAAUAAUAUAAAUUUUCUGUUGGGAUCAUGGUGGCCCAACCUUGAAGACCUGUAUGAAGCAAAUGUGCCCGUCUACAGGUUUAUUCAACGGCCGGGUGACUUAGUUUGGAUAAAUGCUGGUACUGUUCAUUGGGUGCAGGCAAUCGGUUGGUGCAACAACAUUGCAUGGAAUGUGGGACCUCUCUCGGCCUUUCAGUAUAAAUUGGCUGUUGAACGGUACGAAUGGAAUAAAUUGCAGUGUGUAAAAUCUGUAGUACCAAUGGUUCAUCUUUCCUGGAAUAUGGCAAGGAACAUUAAAGUGUCUGAUCCAAAGCUAUUUGAAAUGAUCAAAUACUGCCUGCUGAGGACGUGGAAGCAGUGCCAGGCAUUAAGAGAAGCUCUUAUUGCUUCAGGGAAAGAGAUUGCAUGGCAUGGACGAACAAAGGAUGAGCCUGCCCAUUACUGUAACAUCUGUGAGGUGGAAGUCUUUAAUCUGCUUUUUGUCACCGAUGAAAGCAACUCUCGGAAGACAUAUAUAGUCCAUUGUCAUGACUGCUCACGAAAAACAAGUGCAAACCUGGAAAAUUUUGUGGUGCUAGAACAGUACAAAAUCGAGGACCUAAUGCAAAUAUAUGAUCUAUUUACACUAGCUCCUCCAAUGCCUUCACCUUCAUCUUGACAUUUCUAAAUGGACAGUAAAUUAAAACAUUUCUGAUAUUCAGGAAGUGACCCAGUUCUGCACCACUGUUUUUUUUGUUUUGUUUUUUUUGUUUUGUUUUUGUGUAGCUGUUUCAUAAGGCUGCUGGCUGAAAGCUGCGUCUAUGCAACCUUCCAAGUGCGGAGUGUCAACCAGCUGGACAGGAGAAGUACUCCUACUCCAGGACUUUACUAUAAAUAAUGCUGAUCCAGCUGUUCAUGAAAAUAAUCCAUGUUUUGUAUAUAUCUGACAAAACAGGCAACAUUAUACAGACUACUGACUUGAAAAUUGCUUAUUUUUUCUCUGCUUUCCCCUCCAUUUUUGGGAUGAAAAUGUUUCGUUCAUUUCCAUCCUAUACCCUUUUCCAGUUCACUUUUGGGUUAAGUACUAACUUUGCUGGUUGUCUUUGUAUGGUAGUUAAGUUUUAUGUCUUUUCAGCAUUUUUUUUUAAUGUGAAAAGUGAAACUACUUUUUUCAUUUUUUUUCUCCUUUUAACUGCUUUAACCUUUUUUUCUGUCUUGUUUUUGAACCACGAUGGUUUGUUUCUUAAAAAAAAUUAAAAUGAAAAAAAAAAAAAAAUAAUUACAAAUGAAAAUUAACAGCCAAGUCACAAAGAUAUAAAUGGGUUGCACAUAGACUAAGGAAUAAACUUCAAAUUUGUGAUUUUUUUGUUUCUAAUCUUGAUGUAAAUUUACACUAUUUAUAAAUACAUAUUUAUUGCUUGAAAAUAUUUGUGAAUGGAAUGCUGUUAUUUUUUUCCAGAUUACCUGCCAUUGAAAUUUAAGGAGUUCUGUCAUUUGAAACACUACUCCUGUUACAUUUUCUAUGUGUAAAUAAAACUGCUUAGCAUUGUACAGAAACUUUUAUUAAAAUUGUUUAAUGUUUAAAGCUGUUUUCUGUUUGAGUUUUACAAGAAUUAUUGUACAGUGCUUAGUCUUUUAUCAUGUUUAAAUCUUACUUGCAUAUAUAUUUAUAUAUACACUUUUGUGUGUGUGUGUAUAUAUGUAUAUAAAUAUUGUGUUGAGGGGAAAAACUACAUUUUAUAAAAGGUCUAUAUCACUAGUAGAUAUGAGGGUGUCUACUGUAAGUAUUGCUUACAAAACAUUUUUCUAAAUAUAUAGUACGUGAUCAUGAUCUGCGGUGUCUUUCAGAUUUGUUUUUUAUGUUAAAUGGUAAAUAAUGCAAUAAAAAAACAUUUAUUAUGCUCUUUCAAA